CAAACUGAUACCGUCGGCUUUGGCAACGGUAACUCGCCGCAAAAGCGGUUUCAUCGUCUUCAACGAGUCCGGAAUGGCCGAGUCACCCCCUCGAAGUCCCACCGAACCGGAUACCACACCAUGUCCUUCUCCCCUGCCCCAGAUACCGGUAGAGAUCAUAAGUGACGAAGAAAUGGCUCUCAUCCAAGCUGCUUUAGUCGCCGCAUGCCCUUCCGUCUCCUGUUCGACCCAGUUGCAGAGAAGCUUCAGAUCCAUCCCCUCAAUAACUAUGUUGUCAAAGCGGAAGCUUUCGGGGUGUAAGGAUGCUGUCAUGUCAACGGUAGGUGACAUUGAGGAUGGCCAGAAUCGGGUCAUAAGCCCCCGCAAGAAGAACCGGCUCAAAGAAUCACUUUUACAUCGGUUUCGGAGAAAGAGAGGCUUGGCUGUCACUGAUAUAACUGCCACGGAAUGGUGUGAAAAACAAAUGGAAUAUUUCCUUCUGCUUGGUAGACCGGAAGCCAGCAAAGCCAUGAAAGCUGGUAGCAUGCGACAUGCAGCUCUUGAAGAAGAGGUGGUAAAAAGAGUUAAAGUUCAAACUCAAUGUAUGGAAGAUGUAUGGGCAAUUAAGUUCAUGAAUUUUAUGGUUGGCGUCAAUCAGUUGUUAUUCGAUGGCUUGACACGAGAGUUACCCUUAGUAGGCUUUGCAGAAGGUGUAUGGAUGGUUGGAGUGAUAGAUGAAAUACGAAUGGCCACAGAAGAAAAUGAGAGAUUCCCCAUCAUAGUUGACACUAAAACACGCUUUCGUCCUACUCUUCCUUCUGAAGCACAACGGAGGAAUGGAAGGCUUCAACUUAUGUGCUACAAGCAGAUAUGGGACAACUUGGUUGCUAAUAAAUUUCCUAUCGGCCAGUUCUUUGAUUUCUUUUCAUUAAAUCCUAAUUGUAUUUUAUCUGAUGAAAUCCGAGCGAGUACAAUCGGAUCAGGUUUUCCAGCAGAGACCCUCAGUGAAGUGAUGGGGUAUUUUCAGAAUACUUGUUCUAUGCUUCCACAAGCACAUAACCGUCUUUUGUUGAGGUAUGAAUUGCAAGAGGAUGGAUCAUUGCUAGGUGAGGAUGAGUUUGAACAUGAUUCAGAUUGGGUCAAUGGUCAAAUAAAGUCUUGUUUAGAAUUUUGGAGAGGGGAUCGUAAAGCUAGUUUUACUCCAAUGGAGGAGCGCUGGAAAUGCAGGAGUUGCAAGUUUGCUUCUGUGUGCCCUUCUACUUCUCCAACCUCUUUAUAAGAAGCACAAAAAGAAAAGAAAAAGACAUGGGAAUGUGUGCGAAGAAAACUGUUAUUGCCAAGGAAAAGGUGGUAAAUAUUGUGGAUGACAUUUACAGUAUUGCACAUGGCUACUUCUCCCCUAAUCGCCGCCCAGGCUGUCAUCUCUGCGCUGCGCCUCGCGUUGCUACUGUGACAACCUUGGCCCUGACCCAUUUCCAUCUCCAACUAUAAUAUUCCUUCACCAGCACUCUAAAUGAAGGGUGAAACAUUUACCUUCAAAUCCACUCCUCUACAACAUUGUCUCUUACUGAAGGAAAUUACUGAAAGCUGGUUUGCACUAUGGAUCAACAUUGGUCUCUUACACUUUCAUAUUUAUACUUUUGUACAGAAAAGACCAAUUUAAUAUUCUUUACCGUUUUUAAUAAAUAUGUUGCCACUUGUAUUUGAUUUUUGCUCUUCACUGUAUAAAACAACUGUUUACGAAACUUAUUUGUAUCAGCUAGCUUUUUCGCAAAUUGUAAAUAAUCUCAUAAAGGUUAAGACCACUUAUUUUGCAGUUUUGGACCAGGUGUGCUAUUUUCUUGCAGUUUGCACGUGGUUCUUUUUUUAAAUGCUUAUGUGCUAAACCUUUGCAAUGUUAUUCCAAUGAUUAAACUUGUAGUAUUUGUUAUUCUAUAAUGUUUAUUUUGAAGUUUCAAGAAUGUUGAUUCCAAGAUACCCACAUACAUAUGCAUGUAUAUAAAUUGAAGAAUUAUUAUCCUGGAAUUAGAGUUAGGAUCUAAUUGGAUGAUGUAUUUCUAUUUCUACCCUUCUUUGAACUCAGCAUGACAUAUAGGUGACAGAUGCUCUGAACCAGUGAAUCAUUUAUGGUUUUGCUAUUAUUUGUAUAUCCAUGCAUUUGAAAAAUGAUCUUCUCCAUCUACUCCCCGAAAAAUGCAUGUUUAUGGAACACCUCACUCAGCAUCAAAACCACUAGGAUUCUCACAUGGUAGCACUGUGAAGUUAAACGAUGAAAUAGAAGUCUCUAACAAGACGUAUCAGAUUCAAUGUCCAUGUGGAAACACCAUGCAGAUGGAAUCGAUGAUUAAGUGUGAAGAUCCCAAAUGCCAUGUGUGGCAACAUAUUAGGUGCGUUGUCAUCCCAGAGAAAGAUGUUGAGGGUGGUAUUCCAACAACACCGCACAAAACUUUCUAUUGUGAACUGUGUAGAUUGAGUCGUCUUGACCCCUUCUGGGAAUCAGUGGCAAACCCUUUACUUCCAGUGAAGCUGACCAUUACAGACAUCCCACCUGAUGGAACAAGUCAUGUACAGAGUAUUGAGAAAAUGUUUCAACUUACUAGAGCAGAGACUGAUUUAGUGGAAAAACAGGAGUAUGAUAUUCAGGCUUGGUGCAUGCUCCUCAAUGAUUAGGUGCAGUUUAGGAUGCAUUGGCCUCUGCAUACUUCUCUGCAGCUCAAUGGGGUCCCUGUACGCGUGAUAAACAGGCCAGGGUCACAGGCUAAUGGUCGAGGUGAUGGACCUAUUAUAACAACAUGCAUUCGGGAAGGGAUAAACAAAAUAUCUAUGGCGGGAAUCGAUGCCCGUGUGUUUUGUUUUGGUGUCAGAGUAGUGAAGAAGCGGACUGUGCAACAGAUACUCAAUUGUAUUCCCAAGGAGUCCGAUGGUGAGAGAUUUGAAGAUGCACUUGCUAGAGUUUGUCGUGUUGGUGGUGGGGAUGUUGCAGAAAAUGCUGAUAGUGACAGUGAUCUUCAAAUAGUUGAUAACUUCAUUUCUGAGAAUCUUUGGUGCCCUAUGAGUGGUUCGAGGAUCAAGGUUGCUGGGCGAUUUCAUCCCUGUACUCACAAGGGCUGUUUUGAUCUUGAAGUUUUUGUGGAAAUAAACCGAAUGUCUAGAAAGUGGCAAUGUCCCAUUUGUCUGAAGAAUUACUCCCUGGAGCAUAUAAUUAUUGAUCCCUAUCUCAAUCGAGUCACUUCUAAGCUGAAGAAUUGUGGAGAGAAUGUGAUGGAAAUAGAAGUGAAGCAUGAUGGUUCUUGGAGGGUCAAGGCAGGAGGUGAUUUAGGCAGUCUAGGUGAUCUUGUACAGUGGCACUUACCUAAUGGAAAUCUCUGCACAUCUUCAGAUGCAGAAUCUGAUGAGUCAAACCUCGAAAUUCUUAAGUCUCGGGAUGGUUGUUCUAAUGGCCAUGGAAACCUCAGAGUUGGGCUGAAGAAAAACCCCAAUGGCGUUUGGCAAAUUAGUAAGCCUGAGGAAAUCAUUGCCAUGAGCAGCAGUAGUGACACUGUAAUUGGCAAAGAAGGAUGUGAUGAUGUCAGUGUAAAUCAGGAUAACAGUGGGGUUGAGUAUGAACCUGCACAACCGGGAAAUGGUGAACUUAUCGUCUUGAGCGAUUCAGAUGAGGAAAAUGAACUGUUAAUGAUUCCUGGAAAUGAAGUCCCUACCUUUUCUUUUCAACAGAAUGGGAUUCCAGAUUCUUAUGGUAAUGAAGACUGUCCUACUUUCCCUGAUUCACGGAUUGGUAUAUUGAAUACUACUACAACUACUAUUGCUAGUAACAAUGAAUUUGGUAUAGAAACAUGGCCUUCACCCCACAAUAUCCAGAGGGUAGUUCUGGGCUUUCAGAUAUUUGGUUCAAAUGCAGAUGUCCAGCAUAACCUCAUUAGUGGCUGUGGGUUUCCCACAGAUAUGGGAUCAGUUGGUGCUGUAACUGAAUCCUCUGUUGUUUAUGCUAAUGCCAAUAUAAACAGUAGCUUGGUUGUUGGUAAUCCCUUUUGAUUCGGCGAUGUUGAUCCCUCUCUUCAGAUGUUUAUUCCGAAUAUACCAUCAGAUCCAUCAUCCAUGGCAGACCCUAAUAUGAGAGAUCAACCACCUGAUGCCACAACCUGUGUUCCAAGUGAGGAUUGGUUCUCGCUUUCCCUUGGGAGUGGAGGAGAUAUUGGGACUACAUCUGAUUCCACAGGUGCUAAUGGGUUAAAUUCAGACCCUCAGUGAAGUGAUGGGGUAUUUUCGGAAUACUUGUUCUAUGCUUCCACAAACACAUAACCGUCUUUUGUUGAGGUAUGAAUUGCAAGAGGAUGAAUCAUUGCUAGGUGAAGAUGAAUUUGAACAUGAUUCAGAUUGGGUCAAUGGUCAAAUAAAGUCUUGUUUAUAAUUUUGGAGAGGGGAUCGUGAAGCUAGUUUUAUUGCAAUGGAGGAGCGUUGGAAAUGCAGGAGUUGCAAGUUUGCUUCUGUAUGCCCUUCUACUUCUCCAACCUCUUUAUAAGAAGCACAAAAAGAAAAGAAAAAGACAUGGGUGAGUUGGAACAACUUUUCCCUUAAAAAAUAAUCAUGAGGGGAAGCUGAUUUUUUAGAGGUUUCUUCAUAUUGAUCACCAGUCAUUUGUAUAUGCUUCAUAGUCAGGAGCUUUAUCAUCAUGGAGCAAAAAACUCGUUGUUGUGACUUGUAAUUUAUUGAAAUGGACGUUUUCUUAUCAUUAUCAUCUUGCUUGUAUAUAAUGAUUCUUUUCCAAACAAAUAGUUGUAAAAGCUUUAGAGAAAUGAUAAAAACAUCAUAUUACUUUGGAUGCCA